AUGACGAUCCCCAAGGAUCACAAGCAAAUUUGCUCUAGCUAUGGAGCACCCACAUCCGGUAACGCGGAUGGAAACAUUGGGGAUAAUGUAGCCAUGUCCCAGCUUACCCCGGGUGAUGACGGGGCUUCCUGGGACCCGAGUCAGAGCUCUGAUUUGGCAGAGCUUCCGUCGAACCUUCAAAGUGUCAGCCCGCCAGCCUCGAGUCCCCAGGUUGCAAGUAUUCCAGGUGCAAACCCUCAACCGGCGACCCCAGUUACAGGCCCUGACUACAUCAAACCUGAUCCGACUUCUAAAUCUACUCCAGAGUCCAGUCCUCUCGUCGCAUCUGUACCAAAUACUCCUGCGACAACCAACUAUAUAACACCCGGCCCAGAUCCCCAACCUACUUCCGAGUCCUCUGCGCCUUCUGCACCCUCUACACCAGAGCCUACUAUCCCUGACUCUCCCACUCCGCAUACAACAGACUCCAUACCGAGACCCACAAAUGAGUGGGCUGGGGCUGUACCUUAUUGGAAGCCGGGAUUUCAGGGCCAUAAGGGCUACUGGCAUACUGAGGGAGGCCUUGACGCUCUGUCGAAACCGGAAAACACUCUUAUUGCUCCGGCUAUUCAAGAUGAUGACUUUUUGUCCUUGGACUUCUUUCGGAAAGCGGAAGAGUAAGUAAAAAGAGAGCGAUGGGGAUUGGGUUGUUGAUUGGUGUUUUGGGG